AUGACCUCAACAACCUCAAUCCUCUACUUCAUUGUACUAGCCGUGCCAACAACCGCCUUCCUCUUCCCACCAGCUCCAGCACCACCACCAAUGCCAUGUUGUGCUCCACCACCACCACCCCCAUGUCCACCACCCUGCCCACCACCCUGCCCACCGCCAUGUCCUCCACCACCACCGCCAUGCCCUUGUGGCGGCCGUAAGAAGAGAGAGGUAGGCUUAGUUUUAGCAGGUGGAGAGGGUAUAAUAAUGUUAAUGCUGGGCGAGGUAAAUGAUUUAGGAGGAAAAAAAGGGUAGAUUUUUAAGAUUAGAGGGGUAGGGAGGAAAGGGGGGGGGGGAGAAUGAAAGAGGUAAAAUAGUAUUUUUGAGUAAUCAGAAAAGUUAAAACGUCGAUUUUAACCAAAAUUUCAAAAAAUAAAUUUGGGCGUGGUAAAAAUUUUUUGGGGGGUAGGGAGGAGUAAAAAAAGUAGAUAAAAGUUUUAAAAGUUAUUUUUAGUCAAAAUUGUAAGCAAUCGCACUAAUUACAAAAAAAAGUUGGGCGUGGUAAAAAAUUAUUUAGGGGGUGCUAAAAAGUUUUUUCUCUGAAAAAAUGCAUCUACCUAUUUAAAUGAACUUUACAGUAUUUAAAACCCCAAAAAAAUUUUUUUUAAUUUUUUUGGGGUUUUUUUAAAAAUUUUGAUUUUUAAGGCCAUUAUCCCUGUUGUAAAAACCCAUGAUGAUAUGCCAUGCCCACAAGAACACUGGUUGCCAAUCAUUGAUAAGGUAAGGCUUGAUACGAUAUUGCUCUAUGUUAACAUAAAAAAUAAGUUUUUUUAAAUUUAAAAUUUUUAGAAAUUUUUUGAAAAUAUGAAAUUCAAUUUUGGCGCCAAAUAUUAAGUUUUAAGUGUUAAGUCUAAGCAGCAGCCUAACCCAUUACCAUUUCAGUACAUAACCUCCGACUCAAAGACCUCGGCCAAAGCAAUUCAGACCGAAAUGUUUGAAGAGUUUGGCCACAAAUUCUUCGUCAGUUGUGACAAACGCCACUCGAAAGAACUACCAUUCCUGGCCAAUGGCGACGGUUACUGUAUGCGAGAGCAGAAGGAGGUCAGGUGUAUAGUCGUGGCUUUGAACAACUAA